AUGUAAAAUAAAGAACUCAGUUUUGAAGAUUCCUUGAGGCAAUCGUAAUUGCCAUAAUAAUAAAAAUAAAGUAAAAAGAAAACUAGCAAGCAGGAUAAAUAAGACAAACAAGUCAAAUUCACAGAUGAGGAAAUAAAAAUUAUAGAAAUGCUAACUCCAUAAGUCAAACAAUAAUAAUAAGCUAUUAAAAUAGCCAAUGGGAAAUUGGACUUCCUUUUUGAUGGCUCCAGAGAUGUUAACUUAGUCAAACCAUAUCAUGAGGAUGGAGAUGAAAAUAUGUAUUCAAAGGAGAAUGUUACAAAGAGAAGAAAACUUAAAAGCGAUCCUGAAGUAGUGUAAAGUAUCGAAGCCUUUAUGGCACAUUACUAAUUCGAUAUUAAUAACAAAUUAAUCAAGGAAAAUUAUUUAAAAACUCAUAUAAGAUUGGCAUAUUUAUUAAGAAAGGACAUAGAAGAAGAUAGGGAGGAGAUUAAAUUUUUGUUGCUUGAGGAUUGGGAGCAUGAUUCUAAAGGAAAUGGUUUUAUGACAAGAGCUGAGUUAUAUGAUUCUUUAUUUGAAUUAGUGGAUACAUGGACUCCAGAUGCUGAGAAAUCUGAGUAUAUUGGGUUUUUUGAGUUGUUGGAAUAGAAAUAUAAAAGACAACAAGACGAAAAAUUUGAAUAGUUGUACUAUGAAAUAAUGGAAAGUUGA